AUGUCGGAGGCGGGGCACGCUUUGGCUCCUGGCGGCGCGGAGGACGCCAACGGCCUGGGUGAGCCCGAGGCGUCGCAGCAGACGCUGUCCGCGAUGAGCAUCGAGGACUUCGGGCGGCUUGUGAAAGCUAUGGGUUCGCUCGCGACCGCGCUCGACAACCAGCUUCAGAAUGGGGAAGUUGGCGCCCGGGCGCGUGGCGAGAUCAGGCGGGUGAGAUACAUGGCGAUAGGUGGAGAGAGCAGCACUGCGUGCAAGGGCUGGCCAGACUACCAGCUCUGGAAGCGAAAGAUCUUCCGGUGGGAGCGCGCCACAGACGUCGCGACAGAGAAGCGAGCAGACAGGGUGCUCAAGCAGCUCGACGCGGACCUUCAGCGCAAACUGGAGUGCAUCACAGACGAGCAGCUCACGAACCCAGAAGGAGUUCAACACAAGCACGAUGACGAGAGACGUCGCACCGCGAGGGAGUGCCUCUUCCAGUACCAGAAGAAGCCCGCGGAGUCCCUCACGAGCUUCGCGUCCUGGCUGGACUUCCAGUUCGACAGGAUUGCCACGCAUGGGCUCGCCAUGCCCGACGAGUGGAAGGCCCUCUUCUUAGAGGAGGGCGCUGGGCUGGAUGACGCGAGCCUUCGCUUGAUCCGCGUGCUCACGACGGGCGACAGCUCGCACGCGGCGACGCCGGCAGCGAUCCGGGAGCUAGACAUCAGCAAGAAGGAGACGAUGACCGGGACACGUCGCACGCGGAUGACCCAGCCCCCGGGGGAGUCAGAGCUAGCAUCGCAGACUUCCCAGACGGAAGCUGAGGACGGCCUGCUGAGCUGCGAUGGCGCCUCCUCCCUCGACACGGACACGGAGUACGCUCUAUUAGACGUCAUGGAGCAGAAAGACUUCAACGAGGCCGACGCCCCCAUCGCCCCAGCGACGACGCAAGCUGAUCGGAGAAAGACGCGGCGCCAGAACAGGGAGCUGAAACGGAAGCUGAAGACGGACAGGCGUUAUUUCCAGAGGUCGGCCCCCGACCGCGAGGCGCGGCUUCCUCUGUCGGAGAUCAUCAAGCGCCCCAGGUGCAGCUUGCGCCAGCAGAAGGGCCACGGGGGCGACAAGUGCCCCAACAAGGAUGGACCGACAGCCUCUGGAGCUCGAGGAGGCCAACGGGCUACCUCUGGAGCUCGAGGCAGUCACCAGGGGCCUCCACUCACUGGCUUCAGCUACCCGAACGGGCAGGAGGAAGUCUUUCUCAUGGGCGCCCAGAUGCCGCGCAGCACGAAGGAGACCGCGCUCGUGGCCAGCAAGAGCAUCGACAGCUGCACGCAGAAGGAGCUGGCGCUUCAGGCCGCGAAGGGCAGCUGUCCAGGCGGUCUGCGAGUUCCAGCUGGAGCAGCGGUUCUCGACACGGCGGCUGGCCAAGGGCUUGUGGGGAAGGACAACCUCGCGGAGCUCAGCAGCCACCUCGGGCGCCUGGGCUACGCCGCUGAACACGCGGCGGCGCGCCGCGCCUUAGCGGGCGGAGUGGUAGGCAAGACGGGCGCCCCCACGACCGCACCGAUCCCAACGGGGAUCGAGAAGGCCCAUGGAGCGUUUGAGGUCGGUGCGAUUGAGAAGGGUAUCCCCCUUUUUGUCACUGUCUUCCUGUUGACAGCUUUAGGGGCAGUAGUAGACCUACCCAAGAAACGCGCGCGUCUGUCGAAGCUGAAUUGCACCACGGAACUGUUUUCCAUACCCCCGGGCCACCCGCGUUUCUGGAUUGACCGUUUGAAGGGCCCUCGGGAGUUUCAGCGCCCGGGGCGAUUGGCCCAGCAGCUUCCGGAGCUGAAGGCGGACAGUUUCAGGCAGCCCGUUCAAUCUGUCGGCGUUUACGAGGUUGGCAACGAUGAUCUCGGGGGCGGAGACCCCGCAACGAUCGACGACCCAACGACCGACAGACACGACGACGAGCAGACGCGACGCACCGGCAAGCCAGAGGCAGAGUUCGCGGGGAAAUACGUCCUCACAGAGAACCUGAUUCUGGAGAGGAUACCCCAGAGUUCCCGCACCUGGGCGUUCUUCACCAGCACGCCGAUGAGCACGGCCUGCACGCUCAGCCGCGAGCCUCGCAACAUGCUCGCGACCAACAGACUCUUCACGUUGAAGACCCGCAAGGUGGACUGCGGGCCGACCAAGGAACAGUUGAUCUGCCGCCACCCCGCGAUGGAGAUCUCCUCGGGCGCCAACCUACACGGCAGGCGGUGGAACUGCGAGGCCCGCGGUCAGAGGACUGCGCAUCGCACGGCCGGCGAGCUCAGAGGCGCGGCCAUGAAAAGGAAGCGCGGCAUCGUCUUCAGCUUCGCGAUCUUCGAGGCGAUUCCCGAGCCGAAGCCAGCGAGGGGCGAGAACUUCGCUGCGCUGAUGAAAGCCCACAUCGAGCAGCUCAACACGCUGAAGGCUCAGCAGCAGAACACGGACCAGAUGAUGCUCGAGAAUCGACAGGCCAUGGAGCGCACGAUGGGGGUCUCGCAGGCUCAGGGGCCGACAAUCCAGAGCAUGGACAAGUCCAAGUGGGAACUGAUCCACGAUCAGGAGAAGCCGAGAGCGGCCGCAGGCCCAGAGCUGGAUCAGGAAGACCCGGCAAUCGUCGAUCCGACUCCAGAGCAAGUGAGCUCGACGCAGGCGAAAGCACAGCGUUUUUUUUUCGAGCUCGAGCCUGUCUGGAGCGACACGGCGGACGGUCGCCGCGCGUUUCUUUUCUGGCGGGCAGGCUGGGCCCACGCCAUCCUGGGAGAUACCGCGAACGAUGAUUUUGAGGUCACUAUUCCCAAGAACAUGCCAGAGCAGACGUUGGCAUCUUCCAAGGGCGACGUCGAAAACACGGAGACGGCCGGCGCCGACAUCGAGGACCCCGCCGAGAAACCCAUCGAGAUCAGCGCCAGGAUCAAGGAGAUGAUUGGACGGGUUCAUGCGAACCUAGAUCACUCCAGGGCCGAAAUCUUCACCCACGUUCCCCGGGCGGCUCAGGCGAGGCCGGAGGUCCUGCAGGGGGUCUGGGGCCAUGUCAAAUGCGACGCCCAGAGGAUGACCGCCGAACACAGGCAGGCGGCCAGCCCAAGGACCUUCCAGUUCAGCGGGAUUGUGGCGGUCGACACUUUCUUCGUCCCUUUUCUCUCCGAGGUGGUUCCCUACCUAGGCGCCAAGGUCGCCUGGAGGGCCACGAUGGAGACCUGGAUCAGAUAUGUUGGCCCGCCCGACGCCCUCAUCACAGAUGGCGGACCGGAGUUCCAGGGAGAGUUCGAGCAUGGAAGCGAGGCGAAGGGGGCCGAACUCCCGUUCCAGCCCGAAGUCCGGGAACUUAUCAGGGACGCCCAGAGACACGGCAGCAUCAAGUUCGGCGCCCACCGGAGCGAGAAGCACCAGACCAAGUGCGCCCCCGCGGGCCCCGGGGCCGUUUCAGCCUUCGAGCCGCCCGACGCUGACGAGUGGAAGGCGACGUUCGAGACAAAGGCCCCGUCCACUUUUGGGGGUGAAGUUUUGGCGUUGUCUGGCACGGUCGCGGGGGCCGAACGGUUUCAGACGUUGUUCCUGGACGUGACCCAGGGUGGACUUUUGACAGAACACUGGCGUGAUAAGGUGGGCCCCUUCACAGCAUUUCUUAAGCAUGACCGCGAGCUGAACGUCGCCCCCCUGAGCAACUUUAACAUCGUCGAUGCCAAGGGCAUUUUCGACACGUUGAGCAAGGAAACCAGCGGGUCGAAGGCCGACAGACGCAUCGCCUUAGAUCUUUCCGUGAUCCGUUCGGUGAUGACCCGAGUGGGAAGCCAGAUACGUUGGGUCCCACACCCAGCCAUGCCCGUAGACUCCCUCUCGAAAUCGGACAUCCAGAAGGGCGACUGGCACCUGUUGUGCCACUUCUUGGUGUCCCUGCUGCAGUCCACGCACUUCCACGUCCCGUACGUCAUCGAGAUGUGGGGCGCGGGCCAGGCUCAGGGCCGGCCGGUCCGCCCUCGCGUGUUUGGGGCGGCUGGCCGCGCCCCCAUGAGCGGCUGCCCCGGGUUCGGCCCCCCCCUGGACUCGGUCACCCUCCGGACAGGGAGGGGGGAAGGGCCCCCCUGGAGUCAGCUUCGGAAGCUGGCAAUUAUGUACCACCACCACCCUGACCCAGGUUGGGCCUGGCCAGGGCCGCGUGGAGGUGUACAGCUGCUGGCUCCCGAUCAGCCCUCCUCCGUGCUUUGGACCCUUCUGGAUUCAGCCCCGCGGCUGCCCCUGGUGGAGCGGUGGGCCCCGCGGCCGCUCUGGGAGUGGACCCCUCGGUGCUGGGCGCCGCAGGAGGGACCGCUCCCUGCAGGCCAGGCGCCGCUGGUGGAGCGGUGGGCCCCGCGGCCGCUCUGGGAGUGGCUCCGUCGGUGCUGGGAGCCCUUGGCGCCCCCGCAGCCGCCCUUGGUGUGGGGAGCGGUCCCCCCGGGCCGGGUGCCGCUGGUGGAGCGGUGGGCCCCGCGGUCGCUCUGGGAGUGGACCCCUCGGUGCUGGGCGCCGCAGGAGGGACCGCUCCCUGCGGGCCAGGCGCCGCUGGUGGAGCGGUGGGCGCCGCGGCCGCUCUGGGGCUGGCUCCGUCGGUGCUGGGAGCCCUUGGCGCCCCCGCAGCCGCCCUGGGUGUGGGGAGCGGUCCCCCUGGGCUGGGGGCCGCUGGGGGCCCCGCGGCCGCUCUGGGAGUGGACCCCACGGUGCUGAACGCCCUAGCCUGGGGGGCUGGUCAUUCGGGACUGGGCGCCGCUGGUGGAGCGGUCGGCGCCACCAGAAGCAGUCCUGCUGCGGGGCUCAGCCCGGUGAGCCAGGUCGCCUUCCAGCAGGCCGCGGCCCAGGCUAUGGCGGCUGCAACUGGUCAGCCGCUGAGCAGCGUUACGCCUGCAGAAAAGCCUGUGCCAUUUGUCCUCGGGAUCCUGCUCACGCAAGAGUCGCAGCUGACUCUAAACGGAUAUCCGCCAGACGCUCCGGCGCUUGUCUACGACAAGUCUAUGUCGGAAACGUUCAAUAUAGCGAACGUAAUUUUGCCAGAACUCGUCACCAACAUGACCACAGACGUUGUCCUGAACCACGACGCGGACUGGCAGAAUUAUCCGGAGGUCGGGAAGGCCGUCGUGGCCGCCGGGGGCGAGGAGAAUUGUAUUUGCGUGGCCAUCUGCCCGUCCAGGGGCAAGUGGGGGGUCGGGCUGGGCGGCGGGUGGAAGACGCGCGAGGCUGCCGCCAAGCUGGCGCUGAGUGUGGCGCUCGCGCAAGGGCACGCCAAGUACCAGAUGAUCUGCCAGGCUUUCCCAGAGUUCGACAAGCUGUGCAGGGGGGAGUGCUCGCCGCAGGCGCUUCCUGGGUCCAGCCGCCGCGGGGGCAAUGGGGCGGCACCAGCACCGACCACUGCCUAUGGUCCAGCUCCGGUCACCAAGUGGAUUACGCUCACGGAAAAGUCCGCGAUCACAUCUGAGGGUUAUGGCCACGAGGCUCCGGUUGUGCUGCACAGCAAGGAUUUCCAGGAGCUGUUCAGCUCCUCGCACCACAUGCUGACAGAGCUCAUCGGCAACGUGGCCGGAAACGUCAAGAUGACCCACGACGCGGAUUGGUCGAUUUUUCCCGAAGUCGCACGUGCCACGAAGGCGGCGGGUUGCGAGGACCAGUGCAUGUGCAUCGCCACUUGCCCAGACCACAGCGCCUGGGCGGUCGGCCUGGGGUCUGGGUGGAAGACUCGAGAGACCGCAGCAAAGAUCGCGCUGUGCGUGGCGCUCACCAUGAACGCCCCGCAGGCUCUGGCCACGCUGGUGGGCUGGUACCCGCAGUUUGGGGCUGUCUGCGCUCAGGUUGGCCUGCACGUGAAGGCCCAGCCCAGGAACUCUUCCGACGGCCCGCCCGAGAAGAAGGCGAGGUCUUAUUCGACGCCCCCGCGGAGACCGCGAUUCCAGGUGACACCGUGCUCGGGUGCGACGCCUGGUCACGCUCUUCGGUUUUUCGAGAACGGCUACGACAUCCAUUCGGCAGAGGCUCGCAGACAAUGUGUACACCCACCAAUCCAGGCCUGCCCCGCUCACCCCCUCCUCCCUCGCCGCCAGCGACGGAGGACGGGGAGGAGGGGGGAGGGGAUGAAUGGAUUGGUGGCCGCAUGUAACGUGGGCAUCCUUAGGUGACCCCGUGCGACAGGGCGGUAGCUGCCGCGCGGAGGAGCAAAUACAAAUGUGUCUGCGAGUGUGAUGUUAUGAAAGA